GUUACGAGCCACUAACACAUCAGUAACAGUUCGUAAUUCUACGUGCGAUCACCAUGACUGGACGAGGCAAAGGAGGUAAAGGUUUGGGCAAAGGAGGCGCCAAGCGUCAUCGCAAAGUUUUGCGUGAUAAUAUCCAAGGUAUCACCAAGCCUGCAAUUCGACGAUUGGCUCGUCGUGGUGGCGUCAAGCGUAUCUCUGGCUUGAUCUAUGAGGAGACACGCGGAGUCCUCAAGGUGUUCCUUGAGAACGUCAUCCGUGAUGCUGUCACCUACACUGAACACGCCAAGCGAAAGACCGUCACCGCCAUGGACGUGGUCUACGCUCUGAAGCGACAAGGACGCACCUUAUACGGAUUCGGCGGCUAAACCACCUGGAUAGAUCUGAUCACCUGGAACAACCGGCCCUCUUAAGGGCCACCAAUUGUUAUCUAGAGUUAUUUGUGCAUAUAUAAUGUUUCGCUUUAAUAAAUUAACAUUAUCUAUCAUGA